GCAGAUCUGCUGCUUCUUCUAAUUUGCUAGGCCUAAUUUUGGUACUAGUGUCCAACGUUCUUCGAUUCCUUUUGCUAAACCUGCAGCAGGGUCUUCUUCAAUGGAGCUUCUGGUAGAGCCUAUCAUGGAGCUGGUAAAGUGUUUGGGGAGCUCAGUUUGCACCUAUCUAGAUUAUCACUCAAAUUUUAAUGAAGCUGUGAGUGAUCUGAGAAGAGAAUGUGAAAAUCUAAACAGUCACAAAGAGGAUAUAAAUUCAAAAGUACAAACUGAGGUUCUUUGGGGGAAAAAAAGGAAACGUGAGGUACAAAGCUGGCUUGAUCAUGUACAACAAAUCAAUGAUGAAGUGCAAGCCAUUGAAGGAAAGAUUCAGAGAGUAAAGUGGUACUCACGGGGCCAUCUUGGAAAACUUGUUUGCAGGAAAAUUGAGGCGGUGAAAAGAAUCCGUGUAGAAGGUUGUUUUCCUGAUGGUCUCGUAGUUGAUAGACCUCCGACCCGUGGAGUCAUCAUGUCAAAUGAUAAUCCAGUGGGUGAAGAUUCUGCAAAAGAAAAAAUCAGGGGAUACUUGGUGGGCAAUGAAGUUAGAAAGAUUGGAGUUUGUGGGAUUGGUGGGGUUGGAAAGACUACUAUUAUGAAGCAUAUCAAUGAUGAACUGGUAAGGGAGGCUAAGUUUGAUAAAGUGAUUUGGGUCACUGUAUCUUACCCACUCGAUGUAAUUAAAUUACAAGAAAAAAUUGCUUGUACUAUUGCUGGAGAUGAUACACGAAGACUUGCUGGGGAUGAGGAUACAGAGAGGCGGGCAGAUAAAUUAAAGAGUGUUCUGGGAAGAGUAAGGCAUGUGCUUAUCCUAGAUGAUGUUUGGGAAGUGUUUUCUUUGAUUGAAGUGGGAAUUCCAGAACCAACAAUUCAGAAUGGAAGCAAAAUAGUCAUCACUAGUAGAUCCAUUGAUGUGUGCCAAAAAAUGCUCUGUGAGAUAGUCAAAGUGGAGCCCCUUUCAUUUGAGGAGUCUCUCAACUUAUUCCUAGAUAAAGUUGGGCAUCAUGUUCUGCAAGUACCAAAUUUAGAAGGAAUCUUGAAGCUCAUCGUGGAGGAAUGUGGUGGCUUACCACUGGCCAUUGUUGUGAUAGCAGAGAGUAUGAGGAAAGAAGAUGAUGUUGAAGUGUGGAAGAAUGCCUUAAAUGAAUUACGAGAACGGGUGAAGAGUGUGACUGGUUCAGAUGAAAAGAUAUUCAAGAGGCUAAGGUUUAGUUAUGAUCGUUUGCAAAAUUCUGACAUCCGAAAUUGUUUUCUCUACUGCUCCUUUUUUCCUGAAGAUUAUUCCUUUUCAAGAGAAGAGUUGAUUGAAGGGUGGAUUGAUGAAGGACUAAUUAACGGGUUGGCGAGUAGAAAAGCAACCUAUGAGAGGGGUCAUGCCUUUUUAAAUAGGCUAGUAAAGAAUUGUUUGUUAGAGAAAACUGUUGAUUGGCGUGGUGAUGCUUUCAAGAUGCAUGAUGUACUGAGAGACAUGGCUAUCAAAAGCAUCGGUCCUGAAUUUGGAUAUAUGGUAAAAGCUGGUAUGAAAUUGACAGAGGUGCCAGAUGAGCGUGGGUGGGGAAAUGAUCUUAAGAAGGUGUCUCUAGCAGGGAAUAACAUAUCAAAAAUUCCCCCUGGGUUGUCCCCAAAGUGUCCAACUCUUUCAACUUUGAUAUUGUCAAAUAAUCAAAAUUUGUCAGAGAUCCCAGAAUCCUUCUUUCAAGGUAUGCCUGAACUGAAGGUUCUUGAUCUUUCUUUUACUGGUAUUAAAGCUUUACCUAAUUCCAUCUCAAACUUGGAGAAGCUCUCUUCCAUGAGGUUAAGUUGGUGUCAUAGGUUAAGGUAUUUUCCUCCUUUAGCAAAGCUUACGGUAUUAAAGAAGGUGGAUCUGUUUGGAUCUGGGAUUGAGGUGGUCCCUCAAGGCAUGGAGAAAUUGAUUAGUCUGGAAUAUCUUGAUUUAAGGUAUUGUCGCAAUCUAAAAGAGAUUCCGAUGGGAAUGUUAUCAAACCUUUCCAAUCUCCAGUACUUGGUUUUUGAAAUGUUGAAGAUAGAAGGAGAAGAGGUUGCGAGAAUGAGCAAGUUGGAGACCUUUCGUGGUGCACUCGAUGACAUACAAGGCUACAAUUAUUUUGUCGAGUCUCAAGAUUUCCAAAUUCUUACUGAUUACUUUAUUAAAGUAGGAGAAAGACUCGUAUAUUCGUCGACUACUCAAAGGGAAGCUGUGGUUAGUAUUAAUUGUUGUGACUUAGGAGAAGAAUGUAUGGUGAUUCCAGAUAACCUUCAGAGGCUGGAGAUAGUGCAGUGUAGAAACAUGAGAAGCAGCUUAAAUAAAGCAGCUUUGUUAGAAAAGGCAACCGAGUUGAGUUAUUGUUGGAUUAAGUCUUGUGAAGAUAUGGAGUGCGUCGUUGACUUGGACUCAUCCUCCUAUCCAGUACUGGAUAAGCUUGAAGUGUUGGAUCUUCGGAGAUUGCCUAAAUUGAGUGUACUUGUGAGAGUGGAAGGAGCAACAACACCACCGCACAUCUUUUCCAAUCUUAAAAAACUUGCAAUAGAAAUUUGUCCAGGAAUGAGGAAAUUGCUUCCACUUGAGCUACAGCAGGCCUUCCAAAACUUAGAGGAGAUUAGGGUUUCUGCGUGCAGCCAAAUGGAGGAGAUAAUAGCAUCAUCAGAUUCAGAUGCAUCAUCUGAUAAAUUCACUUUUCCCAAGUUAAGGAUAUUGUCCUUGUGGAAUUUACCCCAAUUAAAGAGCAUCUGCAGUGCCAAAGGAGUUAUGGUUUGUGAUUGUAUUGAAAAUAUUCAAAUAUGGAGAUGUCUGGAGUUAAAGAGGAUCCCUGUGCAGUUUCCCCUGCUUGAUAAUGGCCAACCAUCUCAUCUCAGAGAAAUCAGGAUAGAUGAAGAGUCAAAAGAAUGGUGGGAAUCAGUGGAGUGGGAUCAUAAGAACCUACUUCAACCUUUCUUGAAAUAUCCUCGCUAUUUGCUGGAAUUGGGAGGGGUAACGGACGGCCAACGAUCCAGAGUGAGAAGGCACUAAUGGACGGCUAGGAUGAGCGGCAACAUUACGUUUCUGUAGGUGCCUGACGCGUCCAAGUAAGUCAUGUGCGGCCUUGAAUAGCACGUGCCAGUAAAACCCUUCUUUUCUCCUUUUCUCCUCUGGUCCAAUCCUGUUAUUCUGAGGUUAUAUCCCCGAUUCAGUCCCUCAACUUUCAUUUUUGAACUAAAACUACCCUUGAACUUCAAAAAGUACUAAAAAAAUCCUUAAACUUCAAUUUUUGGGACCAAUUUCGUCCUUCCGUCGACGAAAGUGCCAGAUGGCACGUUAAGUUGCCACGAAAUCAAUUUUUGUUUAAAAU